UGUCACCAUCCAUCAUUUGUCUGUCAACGAUCCAUGAGAAGGCGUCGCGAGAAAAAAAAGUCUCCGUCCAUGUCCAGAUUUAUUCUCGACAAAACUCACCGCCUUACAUGAGUUCAUCGGCCUUGCCAUACCAGAUCUAGGACAGUAGCACAGCUCACAGUACAUUACACAAGUCCUAAAGUGUACUUUCCAUAACGUGGGGGCGUUCUUCAUCAGAUGCGCCAAGUCUCCCUAGUGGUUACUGCUCCUGACAGCAAAAAGCAAUCCUGUCACUCACAAUACCAUAACAUGCGGACUAAUAUCGCCCCUUGCCGCCACGGUUCAGGAUCCAAAGUUGCCAGUGUCCAGCCGAUUGGAUAGCGUUCAAGACUACGCCGUCGCUUAUCUCGCUUUUGCCAGGUUGUCCUUCGUCAUAAUGACCUGCAUGUGCUGGCACCUAUACCAUAUCAACGGCUUUCUGUAUGCUCAAAACGAUGAAAGGCAAAGAUGCCAGUUAGAUCCAAUCUUCCUUCCAUUCUUGAAUGUCCGAGCAAGUUUUACUUUCUCCUGUCUGACGGCGGAUAAUUUCCAAAGCCCGAUUUGUUUUCACUCACACGUGAUUACUUGGCUAAAGCCAGAAGACCAGUGUGUUUUCAUGUAGACUUUCGGAAGACGUAUGUUCUUCGCAUAUGGAUAGCCAAGAGUCUUGCAGGCUGUGUUCCUCCCUCACCAAGUACAAGCUCAGGGGACAUACACAGAUCACUCAGUAUAAGACUUUGUUUUGUCAGACUGGUACACAAAGAAAAGUGGUGACGGUGGCAUCGCCAGUCGAAUAACCUGAGUAUCACUGGCCAAAUCGUCGAAAACACUGGUUUUGAAUCUGAUUGCUUGUCUCAUAUGAUCACCCCAACCUCGGAACUCGCUGGUGGCUGUGAGGUAGAACAUUCACGUGUCAGUCAGUCAGUAUCAAUUAACAGCAAAUUCGGGACUACAAAGAUUCCGUGCAGGUCAUCGCAUCUUGUUAAAAACAAAGUUCCCUCUACCUACUCGCAUGACUCGUUCAUGCCAUAUUCGCUCGAUACCGCGAACAGCAAGCAACAUGAUCCGCGGGGACACUCACCUACAGUUUAAAACAUCCGGUACGGUAGAACUGUCUCUUUAACAGGGGCAUCCUGGCAAGGCGGGACCCUCAGCGGCAGGCCAUCUGAAUCAACUGCCACAUCGGAUCCCCUGCAUCUGGCCUCUUCAGCGAUAUACCUACAGUUCGAUGAAUCCAUCGUGUGCCCUCCUCAGCGGCUAUUGCGUUUUCCGCUACUCUUGUACUCUUCUUUAUGAUCUUACACAAGUUCGGACAGCUUUGGUCAGACCUUGACCAGCAUAUCAUUAAUGCAUUUCGGAACCGUGUUGCAACACAAGCCACUUAAUUACUCCUUGUUGUGCAAGCAGUAUCACCCCGCCUCGAUCGAACGGCGUUCGCCCCGACGUCGCACUGAGAUUCUGUUGAACGAUGUCAAUCAGGAUAUCAGUGCAUGAUCGCGGAAGUAGUUGCCUAUGGCCGAGGUCUCUUCCUUUCCGUGCAUGCAUAUUACAAGCUGCAUAAUACCUGUCAUGAGACCAUCGUUUAUGCGAUACCAACACCGACUACUUUGGUCGGAUGCAUUAUUAUUAUUAUAUGAUGAUGAUGGCAAAGAAUUUUUGCCUGCCACGAAACAGAGGGUAACAUACAUCAUGGGUAUGUAUCCACCAUAGAUGGCAAGCGAUUGGCAUUUCAUUUUGACCAGGAAGUUGUGGGUGUCUUCGUCCGUCCUCUCACGAGAGUUGAGGUAAUUGUGUAUUCUAAGAUCAUACCCCUCCCUUCGCAGCAUCAUGUCUGGUUGGGAUUUUAUCAGAUCUUUGCAAACUAAUCAAGGGCCCAAGUUCCUGUCAUUGUUGACAUAUGAGCAAGCGAACGCCUGAUCCUGGUCAACUAUGUUUGAGAGGAGACACCAGGUUCAUGUUAACUAACGUGUAACAGAAAUAGAAGCGACUCCUGAACAGACGAUUGAUUGCAUCCUGACAAGUUUCAUUCUCUUUUCUUUUUCCACUUAUCCCCUCCACUUGCAUUGGUCAUAUUCACGUCCUGUCAAAGAAUCCGGGUAUCAUCACUCGACAUGGCCCCGGCCAAAAGUCGCUAGGAUCUCGUUGACCUGGUUCUGUUGUAUGGAUCGAUCAAGGUAAUUUUGUGCAAUUGACUGUCAGGCACCAUUCUCGGCUAGGACGAUCGGGAAAUGCAACGGUGUCGGCAUUGUGAAACUUCAAGUUCCAUGGAAAGACAUAUUUUAUGCUGGUUGGCCGUUCAGUUAACUCCGUUUGCAACGAAGAGGUUGGUGUGUAUCAUGGAGGAAAGUUUGCGCCUAGCAUAUACUAGGCCAUCCAUUGUAUUGGAUGUUAUACGAAUAGCUCAUCAGGUCGAGCAAUGCAGCCCAACAAUCCCUACAACCCACGGCCAAAAAGCAACUCUUCAGGGUCAUAUCUAUUUCGACCCAAUGGUACCCACCGCGAUGGUAGCGGUAGAAAGGCGUCUCCCAAACAAAAAGAGAAGCGAUUGAGAGCCAUGGUCUUGUGUUUGUCUCUCCUAGGCUGUCUGCUGUCAUGCCCCAUUCUGCCGUGACACGAUACCGUACUUUGAAGCGGUUGGCCUGAGCGUCCUGUCAGACGGACACCAAACCCAUCUUGAGCCGCCGUGGCCGGGCGUCCCUUGGCCCCAGGCCAUGGACCCUUUCCCCGG